AUGGCAGCCGAAGUUCAGAAAGUAGUGGUGAUCCAGGAUGCAUCCAAAGACAUUGUUAGUUCGAGCGCAAUCGAAUCAGUCCUGCAAGGCUUAUUGCUUAAGCCUGGGGAUGAACUUACACUUCUUGCAGUUCUUCACCAGGUUAAUAACCCUAGUACGUUAUCUUUCAUGGCAGCUGGCAGACUGUUGGGAUACAGGACCAAGAUGGACUCGAGUUCUAUUUUCGGAACGAACCAGAAAGUCGUGGAAGAAGAGCUUGAGAGGAAAGCGGAGGAGUAUCGUAACAAAGUGGGGAUAAUAAUGAUUUCUCAGCAAUGCGAAAAGGCAAAGUGCUCACAGCCUGCAGUGCAACAGAGUAGAGGAAUCAUCUGUCAAUCAUAUGCUGACAGAGUUGAGUUCAACAUGGAGGUGAUUGCUGGUCCCUCUCCUAAGAUGGUUGCUGUGGAGGCUGCCAUAAGAUUAGGAGCAUCAUGGGUGAUUCUUGACAGGCAGAUGAAGAAAGACAAGCAAUUUUUCAUGGAGAAGUUGUCAUGUGGUAUAUCGAGGAUGAAACGUAACAAUUAUGUUGAGCAAUUGAGAGGGCCAAAGCCAUUUGGGAGAAGCAAACAAGUCAACGAAAGACGGAGCAAAUCAGUCACCAAAAAACGCAGCAAAGACCGCCAUGUAAAAUAUGAUGAAAUGAUACCAGGAAGCCCAGACGAGGAACUUUCUCCUAAAAGAUCUCCAAGUCUUCGAAUGACCAGUUCUGGAAAAGAACAAGAAGGUGAUGGUAGUGGACACCCAUGGCCUAGCCAUAGAAAAUCUACCUCAUCAAGUGAGACCUUGUUGACAACUAAAAUGUCAAGUGUGGGGAAUACUGAAACCUUAACUUCUUGUCUUCCCUGUCAUUAUCAAGAGGAAGAAAGCACGACAAAUACUGAAAGGGGAAAAGCAGGAGAGCAUUCCCCAUUUCCAAUUGCUGAGAGUCAAGCAAGGGUUCAAAAGGAAACAGAUAAUGUUGGGAGCUCAGAUGAAUAUAAACAGCAUAGCUACAAGGAUGAUUGGAUAGGAGAAUGUCAAACAGAUGAAGAAUUUAAAAACUCAAUUUGCACAGUUUGCAAGAACAAACGGCCUACAAUUGGAUGGAAGAGAGAUUUUACUCAUGCAGAGCUCCUAGCUGCUACAGACGGGUUUUCCAUGAAGACCUACUUGUCUGAAGGUGGAUUUGGUUCUGUCUACAAAGGAGAUCUGAAUGGACUGAAGAUUGCUGUUAAGCAACAUAAAAAUGCAAGCUGCCAAGGAGAGAAGGAAUUUGAGUCUGAAGUACACGUACUCAGCAAGGCAAGACAUGAGAAUUUGGUGAUGCUGUUAGGGUCAUGUUCGGAAGGAAACCACAGGCUCCUUGUUUACGAAUAUGUUUGCAAUGGUUCAUUGGAUAAACAUCUAUCAAACCACAGCAGAAGACCUCUUAGUUGGGAUAUGAAGAUAAAAAUUGCUACUGGAGCCGCAAGAGGCUUACAAUACCUGCAUGCAAACAACAUCAUCCAUAGAGACGUGAGGCCAAACAACAUCCUCGUGACACAUGAUUAUGAAUCCCUGUUAGGAGAUUUUGGUCUUGCAAGAAGUCAACAUGAAGACUCAGAUCGAACAUCAGAUACAACAAGAGUUGUCGGAACUCUGGGAUAUUUGGCACCAGAAUAUGCAGAAAAUGGGAAAGUGUCAACAAAGACAGAUGUUUAUGCUUUUGGGGUCAUUCUAUUACAGCUUAUCACAGGAAUGAGGCCUACUGACAAGAAGCUUGGAGGAAAAAGUCUAGUGGGAUGGGCAAGGCCACUAUUAAAAGAAAGGAACUACCCAGAUUUAAUCGACCCCAGCAAUGUGGAUUGCCACGAUGUUCACCAACUCUAUUGGAUGGUUCGGGUAGCCGAAAAAUGCCUCAGCAGGGAUCCCCAUAAGAGAUUAACUAUGGAUGCUGUAGUUAAUGCUUUGAAUUACUUGAAUGAUGCAAACCCAGUUUGUAGCAUUGGUGACUUCUCACCAGCACAAUCUGAAUCAGCUGGAAGCAUGCCAGGCUCUUCUGAAUCACAUGGUGAUCACGGUGAUUAUAUCACUGUAGAAGUUACUCCCACAUUAGAGUACAUGCAUAGCCAAUCUACUUCUUCAGAGACGUCAAGCUUUUCCACAGUCUCUGAGCAAUCGUCAUUGGGAAGUUCUGCAAGUACUGAAGAGAAGAAAGAAAAUCCAGAAUAA